UUCUUGCUAAAUAUUAUAAUGACAAUAUAAAUAAAUACAAAGAUUUGAAAGUUAUUAUGGAUUUAGAAUAAUUAGCAGUCUGCUAUACAACUAUGGAUCUUAUUUGGUACCGUUGCAAUAUCCACUAUUAUUUAAGGGAAAAAUACUAUGGAAAAGUUAGAAAAAUCAGUAAAAAAGCAUUGUCACAGUAUAAUGAUUCGGUAGAAUUUAUAUUUUACAAUGCAGUGACAUAUGUACUUGAAGGCCAAGCUCAAAAAGGAAUAAGUGAACUCACACCAAUACAAUCUGACAAAAAUUUACAACUGGCCACUAUUAUAGCAAUAAUUUAUGGUUACAAUCAAUCUAAAACAACUGACAGUGAUGAUCUUUACAAUUUAGAAUCUAAGUUAAAAGAAGAAAGAAAACAAGGUACAGCCGUUUCACUUUAUUAUGCAGGACUAUUCUUAUCUUUUGCCGAGAAGUAUGAAAAAGCUUCAGAUUACAUUAACAAAUCUCUAAGAAAAGAUCCUAACAAUUCUGAUACAAUAAUUUUAAAAGCUUUGAAUGAUAUUUACAUGAACAUUGGUAAACUACCAACUUCCAUAUUAGAUGGGUUUGAAUUGGCUCUUACUAAAAGUGACAAAAAUAUUGAGACUUUACUUGGACUAGCAAAAUUUAAAUAUUUUGCUAAAGAUUAUGAUGCAUCAAAUUUAACACUAGACAGACUUAUAGUCAGUAGUCCCGGCCAAGUUGUUCCAUUAAUAGAGAAAUUAAAAAAUGAAUUUGCAAUGCAAAAGUGGGAAGCAAUCUAUGAUACAAUGGAGAGGAUAUUUAAUCAGGAACCUGAUAAUAUUGAUGCUUUUAAAAUAAGAACUUUUAUAGAAUUAUGUAAAAAUUCUGAUUAUAUAGAAGCUGUUGAUCAAUUAAAUAGAUUAUUUACUAUAUUAGAAAUUGAGGAACCCCACAAUGGCUAUCAAUUUUACAAUACAGCACAGAUAUUUUCCAGAAUUUGUGGUCGAUCAAGUGCGGUACUUUCUCAAGUUUAUAGAUUUGCACAAUAUGCAUCAGAAAUGUACAGUGACAAUGUCAAUUAUUUAAGCGAAGUUGGCUAUCAAUGUAUACUUCAAGGCAAAUAUAAAGAUUCACAAAACUUUUUUAAAGCUGCAAGCAAAAUAGAUAGCAACUCUAUAACCGCAUUGUGUGGUUUAACUCUUUGUCAAAUGUUUGAGAAUGGUCCGAUUGACCAAAUUGCCCAACAAGUGGAAUUAUUAUUUGAAAUGCAAGGGAAUGAGAAAUUUCCAAUUCUAUAUUUACUAUCAGCUCAAUUAAAUAAGAAAAGUUCUAAUGCAGUGGCAUUUCUUAAUGAAGCUUUGACUACACAGAUAUUAAUAGCUGAUCGUUAUCCUUUAAGUUUGGUUUAUAUUAAAAAAUUAGAUCCAGAUUUUUUGCUUGAAGUGUACAAAGAGUAUAAAAAACAUUUACCUAAGAAGCCAUUUGUGAUUAUAAGUUACCUAUUGUAUACACAAGAAGGAAACAAUGCUUUAGUGAACAAUUGUUUUAAGAUAUUAGAAACUAUUACUAGGGCAUGUCCCAGUUUGAUUGUGGGUUUAUUUGAAUUGGCUAAAUUGAAGUUUUUAUUUGGUUACGCACAAGAUGCUCAGAAGUUAGCACAACGGAUUGUUGAGUUGGACAAUACUCAUCCCGGUAGCCAAGUAUUAUUGUCUCAGGUCUACAUCCAACAACAGAUGUAUACUAAAGCGGCCCAGUGUCUAGAAAUGUGCUUGAGUUAUAAUUUUAAAGUGCGAGACAGUGCAAUGUACCAUUUUUUAAAUGGUAUAAUAUUAAAGAAUGUCAACCAACUCCAAGAUGCUUUAUCAAGUUACAAUACCAGUCUUCAAAUACUAACGAGUAAGAAUUCUGUAACAAAUUUGAAUCGUUCCUUUGAAUGGGAUUUAAAUAUAAUUGAUAAAUCGUCACUUUAUUUGCAAAUUAUUGAAACUCAAAUGGAAUUAAAACAGUUUGGUGAAGCAGGAAAGAUUAUGCAGGAAGCAAUACAAGAAAUCUCGUACACUUCAGAAGAAGGUCGUUUACUUAUCGCUCGUGCGGAACUUGCCCUUAAAAAAGGCGAUGCUGAUAACGCUAUUGAUAUACUGAACGAAGUAAAACCUGGACAGCCGUAUUAUUUCCAAGCUCAUAGCAAAAUGGCUCAUAUUUAUUUGAAAGAUAAAAAGGAUAGAGCUAAAUUUACUUCUUGUUUCAAAGAGAUUGUUAGCAAUCAUCCAAUGGCGGAUGCACAUACAAUGAUGGGAGAUGCAUACAUGUCUAUACAAGAACCUGUACAAGCAGCAGAUUCUUAUGAAAUGGCUUUAAAAGGAAAUCCUAAGGAUAUGCAACUAGUUAAAAAGCUAGGCACAGCUCUGGUCAAGAUGCAUGAUUAUGAUAAAGCCAUACAACAUUACGAAAACGCCAUAAAUAUUUUAAAUGAAGACGAAAUUAAAUUUGAAUAUUUGGAACUUUUGGUCAAGUUAAAACAAUAUGACAAAGUAGAUUCAGCAAUAACUAAUGAACUAAAUCAAGUGUACAAUAAAGACAAAGAUAUGGCAACACUAAAGAGGCGCAUACGUCUGCUUCUUAUACAAGCCAAAUGUAGGGAAUUAAAGAAUCCAGUUAGUGGCAACACUAAUCUGAUACUCGCUGAAGCAAAGGAUUUGCAAAUGGCAAUUGUAAAUAGGGUAGAAAUAGAUUCUAGAGGUGACAUACAAGAAGAAAGGCAACGGUUGACAGAUGUACUCUGUAUGUUGGCGAAAGCAAAGUCUUUGAAGGAGCCAGGAGUGGCUGCUAAUUUGUAUUCAGAAGCAUUGAUACAUUCACCAAGAGAUCCAAAUACAUUACUAGCAUUGGCUAAACUUUAUGCUCACAUGAACAAUCCGGAGAAAUGCGAACAGACUUGUACCCUUCUACUCAAUACAGACCCGAAUAACGAAUCGGCUGCAGUCAUGAUGGCGGAUUUAGCAUUCCGUAAGGUUGACUUUGAGACGGCGCAGAGGCACCUGAAUCAGAUCCUGUCGGUACGGCCGUGCAGCUGGGCGGCGCUGGCGCAGCUCAUCGAGGUGCAGUGGCGGCGCGGCAAGCUGGCAGAGGCCGAACAGGCGCUCGAUAACGCUAAGAAUUCUAUGCAAAAUCCUGAUGAUCCAGGGUACAAGUACUGCAGCGGGGUGUGGGCGGUGUGCGGCGGACAGACGAGCCUGGCGCUACGUCAGCUGCACGCAGCGCGCCGCUCGCCGUGGGGCCGCAGCGCCGCGCGCCGCAUGGCCUUGCUCUGUCUCUCGCAGCACGCGCCUGACUCCCUCGCUGAACAUUCGGAGACAAGAAUAUUAGCUCUUAAAACAGCUGAGAAGCUUCUGUCAGAGGUAGAUCCUAUGGAGAGGAGGUCGCUGCAAGCGUUACUUCAGCUCGCCAACAAGCAGAAGACGCAAGCAGAGAAAGUGCUGCAAGAUCUACUUCCAUUAGCUACAGAAGACGCGUACCAGGACGACCCAUACCUAAUACUGGCUAUUGCUAACGCUUAUAAUAUACUAAAACAACCAACUCGGGCUAAAAAUAUUUUGAAGCGAACCAUAUCUUCUAUACCUUGGACUCCGGAGAACGCUGACGGAUUGGAAAGAUGUUGGCUAGAAGUUGCAGAUGGACAGAUCAACUCUGGCAAAUUGGACGCAGCUAAAGAAUUGCUCACUAAAGUAUUGAAUCACAACAAUUCGUGCGCUGCCGCCUACCAAUAUUUAGGUCAUCUAGCAGAAAAAGAGCAGAACUACAAAAGCGCGGCACAUAACUACGAGAACGCGUGGUCUCACACGGGCCGAGCUGAUCUCGCGCUGGGGUACAAACUGGCGCACGCGCAUCUCAAACUGCGCCGAUACCCUGAGUGCAUCGUCGUCUGCAGGCACAUACUGAAGGUCCAUCCUGACUACCCCAAGAUAAAGAAAGAAAUCAUGGAUAAAGCGAAGGCUAAUCUACGCACCUAGACUUCAGGUAAAUGCAAUAUAUUUUAACCGAAUUCAAAAAGUUUGUUUUUGUUAUUUUUGUUACUUCGUAACUCCGCUCCUGGUUGUCGGAUUUUCAUAAUUCUUUUUUAUACGAAAGGUAUUGCGUGUCUCUUGGUCUUGUUUUUUCAAAAAUUCAAAUGUAUCCAGUAGUUUUUGAGUUAUUCUUAAAAAUGUAACUUUCAUGAUUGUGACAUU